UCUCGUCGAGGAAACAUUUACCGGAAUCGACAUGUUCCUCCAGAAAUUAUUGCUAAUUGCCCUCGCCGCGAUCGAUUUAUCAUUAUCGCAAACCGCGACUAUCGUGUUCUCCGGAGACGGCACUUCGGGCCAAAGUGAAAACUCCACCUUGCAAGAAUGCACCUGUGUUCCGCGAGGCACUUGCCCCACUGGAAAUAACGUUGGAAUCGACAUUCGUAUCGUCAACCAGGGAGGACAAUGCUCCGCGGGUUUGGUCUUUUGUUGCAUGCAACAAUCGGGCAGCGUGACGGAUGGGACGUGCGGAAUUCGUAAAAUCGAGCUGACCCCACAACCGACGGGUCAAGCGAGCUUCGGAGCGUAUCCUUGGCAAGCGGCAUUGCUGACGACCAGCAACAGCUACAUCGGCUCCGGGGUGUUAAUAGACUCGAACCACGUCUUAACAGCAGCCCACAAAGUAGCUGCAUAUGCAGGCGGCAGCUUUAAGAUCCGUCUAGGCGAAUGGGAUGGACAAGUCGUGUCCGAAAUGUAUCCUUAUCAGGAAUACACGCCGAUUCGAGUCUUCGUCCACCCCAACUUCAAUAGGCAGAAUUUGCAGAACGACGUCGCUGUUAUCAGACUGAACGCUGCAGUCCCCAUCUCUACGAGUCCGCAUAUCAAUACGGCUUGUCUUCCGACCACUCAGGUCGCCGCUCAAACACGAUGCUGGGUAACCGGAUGGGGCAAAAACGCCUUCGGGCCUUCCGGAAGCUACCAGAGCAUCCUCAGGGAAGUCGACGUCCCCAUUCUUAGCCAGAGUGACUGCGAAGUUCGCCUUAGAAGCACCAGGCUUGGACAGUUCUUCAGCCUGGACACAAACAGCUUCAUAUGUGCCGGAGGCGAACCCGGAAAAGACGCAUGCACGGGCGACGGAGGAGCACCAUUGGUGUGCAGACAUGACAAUGGAUCAUGGCAUGUCCAUGGAAUGGUGGCAUGGGGAAUUGGCUGUGCAAAUCCAGGAGUGCCAGGGGUUUACGUAAACGUUAUCAACUUCGUAUCCUGGAUCAAUCAACAAAGAAAUCUUUGAGACAUCCAGGACCGAACGGAUCCGAUUUCCAGGACGACAGGAUAGGCUUACGAAUCCGAUAAUUUCCUAUUUCGCCCCGACCUAAUUACUUCGCCAUCGUGAUAUACUUCAUUGAGGGUUACAUUUCAUUAAAUAUCGCCCACCGUAUUGCUAUCUAUGAAGUCGCUAUCGCACCGUAUAAAAGGGCUGAUAAACAAACCGCGCGGUCCUCGGUGGAUAAAACUUAUAUUUCUCUAUACCUCGAUAACAUCGGUUUAUAAAUAUUUCAUCUUACUUUUUAUGUACAUACGUCUUUACCGCGUGAAAUAAAAGAAGUCUCAGAGAAA